AUGACUUGCGGAUCCUACUGUGGUGGCCGCGCCUUCAGCUGUGCCUCAGCCUGCGGACCCAGGCCCGGCCGCUGCUGCAUCUCUGCAGCUCCCUACAGGGGCAUCUCCUGCUACCGCGGACUCUCAGGGGGCUUCGGCAGCCAGAGUGUCUGUGGGGCCUUCCGCUCUGGCUCCUGUGGACGCAGCUUCGGGUACCGAUCUGGAGGCAUCUGCGGGCCCAGCCCCCCCUGCAUCACCACAGUCUCUGUCAAUGAGAGCCUGCUCACGCCCCUGAACCUGGAGAUCGACCCCAAUGCUCAGUGUGUGAAGCAUGAGGAGAAGGAGCAGAUCAAGUGUCUCAACAGCAAGUUUGCAGCCUUCAUCGACAAGGUGCGCUUCCUGGAGCAGCAGAACAAGCUGCUGGAGACCAAGUGGCAGUUCUACCAGAACCGCAAGUGCUGUGAGAGCAACGUGGAGCCUCUGUUCGAGGGCUACAUCGAGGCGCUGAGGCGGGAGGCUGAGUGUGUGGAGGCAGACAGCGGGAGGCUGGCUGCUGAGCUCAACCAUGCGCAGGAGUCCAUGGAGGGCUACAAGAAGAGGUACGAGGAGGAAGUUUCUCUGAGAGCUACAGCUGAGAAUGAGUUUGUGGCUCUGAAGAAGGAUGUGGACUGUGCCUACCUGCGCAAGUCAGACCUGGAGGCCAACGCAGAGGCACUGACCCAAGAGACCGACUUCUUGAGGAGAUUGUAUGAAGAGGAGACCCGCAUCCUCCAUGCCCACAUCUCAGACACCUCCAUCAUCGUCAAGAUGGACAACAGCCGGGACCUGAACAUGGACUGUGUCGUGGCUGAGAUCAAGGCUCAGUAUGAUGACAUUGCCAGCCGCAGCCGUGCUGAGGCCGAGUCCUGGUACCGCACCAAGAACACCAAGCUGGAGGCUGCUGUGACCCAGUCUGAGCAGCAGGGAGAGGCUGCCCUUGCUGAUGCCCGCUGCAAGCUGGCUGAGCUGGAGGGUGCCCUGCAGAAGGCUAAGCAGGACAUGGCCUGCCUGCUCAAGGAGUACCAGGAGGUGAUGAACUCCAAGCUGGGACUGGACGUUGAGAUCACCACCUACAGGCGCCUGCUGGAGGGCGAGGAGCAGAGGUUGUGUGAGGGCGUUGGCUCCGUGAAUGUGUGCGUGAGCAGCUCCCGCGGUGGCGUCGUCUGUGGCGAUCUCUGCGUCUCUGGUACUGCCCCUGCUGUCAACACAAGAGUGUGCAGCGCCCCCUGCAGCGGAAACGUGGUGGUGGGCACCCCCAAUGCCUGCGCCCCCUGCGUCGGGGCAGGCGCCUGCAGCGGAGGCUGUAAGAAGUGCUAG